AUGGCCGACAUUGACACUGUCCCGGUGGAAGAAUCGUUCGCGGCGUCCGAAACCCCAGACGACAUCCACGGUCAGACAGCCAGCGCAUCAGUUGGCACGAGACGUCAAGCGAAUGGCACAAUCGGCUCCGUCUACUCUGGAAAUAAAAUCCGGCAUCUGAAGAAGGAAGAUGGCAUUCCCCUCUGGCGCAAAGAUAUCCAAUACCAGUUUCUGAAGCUCGUCUUCGAGGACAAGACCCCCGUCUUUACUCGGUAUCCGGAUGGUCAGAAAAACUUAGAUUUCGCUGACAUCUACAUUGAUGCAAUGGCACGAAGUAGCAAGACGAGCAAGGUCUUGAAAGAUAAGCUGCAGAACGAUAAACCAGCGGCCAUCAACAUGGCCAUGGUCUGCUUACUCGUCAAUUUUGGUCGCAUGAAUACCACUCUUAACUUCUUUCCAGAAAUGCGUGCCCAGCUUCGAACCUACCACUCCAUCCCUUCGUUACAAGCUCAUCAAGACUCCAAUGCCUACAAACAGUUACAGGAUGCUCCUCGGCUCAAGUCCAUUCUGAAGGGUGCCUCUGAGGAUGUCGAUCAACCAAACACUCUAGAAAAGAUCAAAGAUCUGACCACGCCCCGAACAAACCCAGUGAACCUCAUAUUUGUCCUUGCGCAGUACGCACCCAAGGUGUCAGAAAUUCAUCUCUACACUCCCAUCGACUUCUUCGACCUCGUUAUGCGAUCCACACUGAGCAGCAAGAGUCGUGCCAGAGCGUUCUUGUGGAUGAUGUGGUGGUAUUUAGAGAGUGACUUCAGUCGCGAAGCUGCUCUGAACAAUCCCUUCGGUGCUGGUACGGAAGGCGAAGGGACCGAUGGGAUGCCUCUGAAAGUUCCUGCGCUCGAACCCUUGUCCCAAGUUCGAGCCAAUGAGGAGAACGUGGACACAAGAGAAGAAUUAGAAUAUGGAGAACAGAAACGAUUGGAGCGCAAGCGUAUUCUAGAAGAAGACGACCCGCUACCUCGAGUCCCCAAGCGCCCUAAAAAAGAACUGGGAGGAUAUGAUGAAGACUCCUUCAUGGGAGAAUACUCUGGUCUUGCAGGUCGGGGCUCAGCAAUGUCUACGCCCCUUCACCCUUCUGCUAAGCGGAGCUUCGAAGAUGACGAUGACGAGUCAACACCUGGCUCAUCACGACCUCGCAGCAAGAUGCCAAAACGCGAAACCUCUCUCAACCCAGCCGGUGGCCACCGUCUAAUACUGAAGCCUAGUAAAAUGGACCACACCCCCGAUGCCUCCCCGGCACCGCAAGCUCCCAGUCAUCACCACCCUCUAAUGAACCAGUUCAUCCCCGAGCCCUCUCUCUCUCACCCGUCAUCUGCCCGUCGGCAGCGACCUUUGACACAACACCAGCUUGCUGUCGAACAAAAUCGUCGACAGCGCAUUGAAUAUUUGCUCGCUAAGCGACGAGAAAUUGAAUAUCGCGAACUUCGCAAGAAGCGUUUGCGCGAUCUUCCCUUUGCUCGUGCCACCCGCCUGCUACAAAUCCUGCCGGGUUCAUACGAUUCAGAGAACGAGAAUUCCCACAGCAAGGGGGGCCUCCUUCCCAACCCCGAGAACGAGGACGAUUACGGUGAGACGGCCAACUUCUACCUCUCAGUCGUUCGAAAGGCCGCUCGACGUCUGGAUCGUUGGGAUGUUGAGGAUUGCAACGGACCCAAGAAGGAACGCGAAAAGGAACGCGAAGAGCGACAGAAGGCCAAAGCUUUUCUCGAGGCCGAUAUGCGCGCUGCCAGCAAAGCUCGCGCACGACCCCGUCCCAGUGCGUCCAAGCGCAAGUCAACAGCCCUCACGGCUACACCCGGAGCUGCUAAGAAGUCGAAUGGAUCUUCACGUCCGAAGGACGCUAGCAAUCGUCCUUCUGGUGUCGGUGCUGACAUCCCCCUUGGAACUUCAUCAUGGGACCCCGAGACUAUUGGUGGUGACGAGAUGGAAGGCGAAUUGGAUGACCUUGAUCGCGAGUUGCUCGGCGAGGGCUCUGGCGAUGAAGACGGCCUUCCCCGAGCUGGUGAGGGCAAUUCGUCUGAUGAAUCUGGAGAUGAGGAUGACGAGAACUCCUCAACUUACGACGGUCCUAACGGUUAUGUCCGACACGAGAGUUCAUCUCCUAUUCCUGAUGUUUCUGGGCAUCGCGAAGACGCUAUGGAAGAGUAA